AAAGAAAUAUAUUACUUGAGAAUGAGGAUACUUACUAUUGCUGCUCUUAUGCUGUUACUAUGAGAUGUUGCCUUUGGAAACACCAGCAUAAGCUCUGAAGAAGACACUGCAUGUCUCCAACAUGUGAGAAAGGCCUUGAGUCCUGAAGGUCUUGGCGAUUUAGCUCAGAUCGCAUUGAAUAGUGCCAAGGGACCAAAUGAGCUAGGUGAUUUUGAUGGCUGCCAUGCUGAUGGACUAGAGUAUGUAAUAUUAGCAUUGAUGUUAGAGCCUCAAGACAUAUCUAUUACGAGGAUGGGGCUUUGUGUUCCACAAGAGUGAGCUAGUCAAGAGAGUUUUAGGGGAAUCUCAGACUUUGUUGAGAGACAAGCUAAGCCAUAUUUUCCUGAAGACUUUAAGAUUGUUGCAAAAGUUUCAGUUUCAAGAGAAGUCCUCUCAGAAUCAAUGUCAACAGGAGCUAUACUAGUUCUGAUUUUCACAGGCUUUGUGGGGCUUCUUUGGUUUUGUGGAAUUUUGAUUACAUAUACAAAUAUUGGCAGUAAUGGGAACUUCAGGUCAAAUAAAAUCGAAGAGAGAAAGACGACAUGGGCCCUUGCCCUCCAUUCAUGGAACCCCAUCUUCAACCUCCAGAAGUUGUUUACUGUGAAGGAAGAAGGAGAUAAAACUUUGAGCGUGUUGAAUGGAGUCAGAGUGCUCAGUAUUGGAUGGGUUAUACUUGGCCAUUCAUUUGCAUUUUUAAGCAUUUCAGUUGUUAAAAAUAUACAGACACUCGGUGUUUUAUUUGAUAGCGAUUUCUUCUCUAUUGUUCCUGGAGGCAUCUAUGCUGUUGAUACUUUCUUCUUUCUUUCUGGAUUCUUGACAUUUGCUCUGCUGAUCUCAAAAAUGUACCCUAAGAAAGGGAUGAUUGGAAUAGUAAAUACGUUUCUGAUCUAUUUCCACAGAUAUUAUAGACUCAUCUUCCCGAUGAUAUACAUUCAACUUUUUACUAUGUUUGUCAUGAGGUAUUUCGGAAAUGGGCCAAUGUAUAGACAGAGUUGGGAUUUCCUGACCAAAUCUUGCUUCGCAAACCCGUGGCAAAACUUUGUGUUCAUUGCCAACCUAUACCUUGGGGGAUGGCUGAUCAAUGCAUCGGUUGGGUCUGGUAUCUGAUGUGUGACAUGCAGUUCUUCAUUAUCAGUCCUCCAAUUAUCAUUGUCUAUUGCAUGAACAGGAAGAUUGGGAAACUGUUGGUAUUAUUACUCAUUUUCCUAUCGAUGUUGACAGUCGGAAUCCUUUCACUUGUUUGGGAUAUAUCAAUGGAUGGACAAUCAACAAAGAAAGAACAUGUUGAAGAUUUCGUCUACAUCAAGCCUUGGACCAGAAUGGGUGCUUACUUUGUUGGAGCCUUGUUCGGGAUUUCUUAUUUCGAGAUAUCUUGUAGUGAGAAGUAUCAGGAGUUAUCAAGCACUCUAUUUAAUAAAUUCUAUGCCAUACUUAAAGGCUCUCAGAUAAUUUCAGUUCUGGUGUGUUGUUUCGGAGUUGGAGUAACAGCUCUGUAUGUUUUCCCAAAUGCUGCUUAUGGAAGAAAAAGUUUAGACCCAGCUAAUGCAGGGAAAGGAAACAGCUGGCCUCUAUGGCUAUCAGCUUUGUAUAACUUCACAGUCAGGCCAUUCUUUGCUGCUGGCGUCGGUCUUAUUCUUGCUCCUACUUUUGUGGGCAGAUUAAGAGUGAUAAGAGCCUUUUUAGGAGCUGAGAUAUUUGAAGUCCUAGCAAGACUUAAUUACAUGGUGUACAUGAUCCACGUUGUGGUUAUAUUUCAUUUCCUCAACAAUCUCAAAGCCAGCAUUUAUGUCACCACUACCACCCAGCUAUUCUUCGCAGUCGGAUGCACUGUAAUUUCAUUUAUGGUCGGAGUUAUUCUGACACUUAUCUGAGAAGUCCCAUUUAUGAACCUGGAGAAGUACGUUUUAUUCCCUAAGCAGGUCAAGAAGCAAGCUGAAGUUGCACCUUUAGAAGUCCAGUCAGUCAAAAUGGACAGAGGUGCAGAAUUCUACAAGUUGGAGGAUCAAGAUGAAACAAUAGAAUCUGGACAGAAAUUGCUAGAAAAAUCAUAACCAAUU